UCGAUCGAGAUGUCUUUUGUAAAAUUGGUUAUUUGUUUCUCUUUCAUUGGUGGUGCUUUGGCUCGCACCGAGGCUGAAGUGAAGGAAUUCUUCUUGAAACAAAGCGUCGAGUGCACCAAAGACCACCCGGUGACCGCUGAAGAAAUGACCAUGCUCAACAAACACGAGCUACCCGAUAGCAAGAAUGCACGCUGCCUUUUAGCUUGUGUCUACAGAAAAACUACAUGGAUGGAUGAAAAAGGAAUGUUUAUGAAGGAGAACGCAUAUAAACUUGCACAAGAAAAGCAUCCUGAGGACAAAGCAAAGUUAGAGAAAUCUAAGGAACUUUUCGAAUUGUGCAGCAAAGUAAAUGAAGAUACUUUUAGUGACGGCGAAGAAGGCUGCGAGAGAGCUGCAAAAUUGACUAAAUGUCUUACAGAAAAUGCUCCAAAGAUGGGUUUUGAGCUAGAUUAGUAAGAAUAGAAAAACAAGCAUUAUAUAAUGU